AAGUCCACCAGCAAAUUGCCAGCAAAUCCCCAGGACAUCAGCGAGAGAAUCCACCAGAGCUUCCUCCAGUGAAUUUGCAAGCAAAUCCCCCAGGACAUCAGCGAGAGAAUCCACCAGAGCUUCCUUCAGUGGAUUUGCCACCAAAUCCGCCAGUGGAUUUACCAGCAAAUCCGCCAGCGAAUUUACCAGCAAAUCGGCUGGCAAAUCCAACAGCGAAUUUGCUUGAAAAUCCACCAGAAAAUCCAGCAAAUCUGCCAGCCGAUCUGCGAGGACAUAUGCCUGAGAAUCCACCAGCAAAUCCACGAGGAUAUUUUCUAGAGAAUCCUCAUGCGAAUUUUCAAGCAAAUUUGCCAGCAAACCUGAUGUUCAAUUCAGCAGGAAAUUUUCUGGCAAAUCCACCAGGAAAUUGGCCAGCAAAUUUACAAGUGAAUUGGCCAGGAAAUUCACAAGUGAAUUGGCCAGCAAAUUCAUCAAGAAAUUGGCUGCCAAAUUUACAAGCAAAUUGGCUUACAAAUUCACCAGAAAAUUGGCUGGCAAAUCCACCAGGAAUUUGGCUAGCAAAUCCGCAAGCAAAUUGGCUAGCAAAUCGACCCGCAAAUUUGUUCGAGAAUCCGCCAGAGAAUAUUCCAGCAAAUUUGCCAGACAAUCCGCGAGGAUAUCAGCCAGCAAACGUGCCAGCUAAUCCGCCAGCAAAUCCACCGGCAAAUAGGCCAGCUAAUCCAUCAGAAAAUUUACUAGCGAAUGUUCCACUGGAAGAUCUUCCACUUGUGCCGAGAAACUCGCAAAGUAUGUCGUCUGGCUUGAGUGCUGACGAUAUUGCAGCUCAGUGGCAACUGCGACCAAAUUCGUCGGUUGGACCUACUGUCACUUCUGGAUCCAGUCGUCGCCACUUCGCAGGUGGUAUAGGUCAUCGCAAUAAUAGAGGGCGUGGUAAAGGGCGUAGCAGAGGACGUGGCAGAGGACGUGAAGGAUAGCCGUACGAAAAGGGAAGUGGCGGAAUCGUUCAUAAUUAUUACAUGAAAUAUUAA